CAAGAAAAAGGAAAACAAAAAAACCCCAGAACAAUGGGGGUGAAUGCUGUCCACUGGUUCAGGAAGGGACUGAGGCUCCACGACAACCCAGCUUUGAGGGAAUGUAUCCAAGGAUCUGACAGCGUCCGCUGUGUCUAUAUUCUGGAUCCCUGGUUUGCUGGAUCUUCCAAUGUGGGAAUCAACAGGUGGAGAUUCCUGCUUCAGUGUCUGGAAGACCUGGAUGCUAAUCUGCGGAAAUUAAACUCUCGCUUGUUUGUGAUCCGCGGACAACCUGCUGAUGUCUUUCCGCGGCUCUUCAAAGAAUGGAAAAUCAGCAAGCUGUCUAUUGAGUACGACUCUGAACCAUUUGGAAAAGAGCGAGAUGCUGCAAUCAAGAAACUGGCAACUGAAGCUGGUGUGGAGGUCAUUUUAAGCAUUUCACACACUCUCUAUGAUCUGGACAAGAUUAUUGAGUUGAAUGGAGGGCAACCACCUUUGACUUACAAGAGGUUCCAAACACUUAUCAGCAAAAUGGAACCACUGGAGAUGCCAGCUGAGACCAUUACAGCCGAGGUUAUGGAUAAGUGCACCACACCAGUGUCCGAUGAUCAUGAUGAGAAGUAUGGUGUCCCUUCCCUGGAAGAAUUAGGGUUUGAUGUAGAAGGAUUGCCAUCUGCCGUGUGGCCCGGAGGAGAGUCUGAAGCACUGACGCGCUUAGAAAGACACCUUGAGAGAAAGGCUUGGGUGGCAAAUUUCGAAAGACCUCGGAUGAAUGCCAACUCCCUUCUUGCAAGCACUACAGGACUUAGCCCUUAUCUGCGGUUUGGAUGCCUCUCUUGUCGCCUGUUUUACUUCAAACUAACAGAUCUUUACAAAAAGGUACCUUGAUACAUUUUUAAUCCACCUUGAUAAGCCUUGAACUGGUAAUUCUUCUACACUGCAGCCACAAGCAACCCGCGCUUUGAUAAGAUGGAAGGAAACCCCAUUUGUGUCCAGAUUCCAUGGGACCGGAACCCUGAGGCCCUGGCCAAGUGGGCUGAAGGCAGGACAGGUUUCCCAUGGAUCGAUGCCAUCAUGACUCAGCUCCGGCAAGAAGGCUGGAUCCAUCACCUUGCACGGCAUGCUGUCGCUUGCUUUCUCACCAGAGGUGACCUGUGGAUAAGCUGGGAAGAAGGAAUGAAGGUCUUCGAGGAGCUUUUAUUGGAUGCUGAUUGGAGUGUCAAUGCUGGAAGCUGGAUGUGGUUGUCCUGCAGCUCCUUCUUUCAGCAGUUUUUCCAUUGUUACUGUCCAGUUGGGUUUGGAAGAAGAACUGACCCUAAUGGGGAUUAUAUCCGCCGUUACUUGCCGAUUUUGAAAGGAUUUCCUCCAAAGUAUAUCUACGAUCCUUGGAAUGCUCCUGAGGCAGUGCAGAAAGCUGCUAAAUGUAUAAUUGGGGUAAAUUAUCCCAAACCAAUGGUGAACCAUGCUGAGGCCAGUCGUCUGAAUAUUGAACGGAUGAAACAGAUCUACCAGCAGCUCUCCAGAUACCGAGGACUUGGACUCCUUGCAUCAGUGCCUUCAAAUCCAAAUGGAAAUGGGAAUGGCGGACUUAUGAGCUACUCUCCAGGAGACAAUAUGCCAGGGUGCAGCAACAAUGGAGGGUCUCUAAUGGGAACCAGUGAUGGAGCCUCCACCAGCAAUCCAAAUAACAACAACCAGGGAGAGUCUCAUACUGGGAUAGGAGGGAUACAAGGUUACUGGCAGGGGAGCAGUAUCUUGCAUUACAGCCAUGGAGACAGCCAGCAGUCUUACUUAAUACAAGGGAGGAAUGCUAUGAACUCUGUGAUGUCUUUUGGCAAACGUCCCAGUCCUGAAGAGACUCAAAGCAUUGGGCCUAAGGUGCAGAGACAAAGCAGCCAUUAACCUGAUGAUGGGAUUCAUGAAGCAACCUGCAAAUGAUAACUUUCUCAGUAUUGGACUUUACUAUGUAAAUACUUUAAAAAAAG